GAGUAUAGACUUGUUAUGACGGUUGCCCCGGGAGACGUGCAAGCGAGGCCAGGUUAUCGUUUCCUGUCAUUCGCGUUGGUUUCUGGGAAGGCGAAAUUGGAAGUCAAAUACAAAAUGGCGGCCAGGGAAAAUGAAGUUGAUAGUUUCGACGACGUAACUUCAAGCAAAAAGGAUAAAGAAACUUCAGUCAAAGUAAUAUGUCUAGGGGAUAGCGCUGUAGGGAAGUCCAAACUUGUUGAACGCUUCCUUAUGGAUGGAUACAAACCGCAACAGCUAUCAACAUAUGCAUUAACCUUAUUUCAUUAUGAAACCAAAGUAGAUGACAAAGACAUCAGAGUUGAUUUUUGGGAUACGGCUGGACAGGAGAGGUUUAGCAGUAUGCAUCCAUCCUAUUAUCACCAGGCCCAUGCAUGUUUAUUGGUAUUUGAUAUUACAAGAAAAAUCACUUACAAGAAUUUGGCAAACUGGUAUAAAGAGCUUAGAAAAUAUAGGGACUCAAUUCCCUGUAUUGUUGUUGCUAACAAAAUUGAUGUUGAUUACAAAGUUACUCAAAAGUCUUUCAAUUUCCCGAAAAAAUAUGGCCUUCCAUUUUACUUUGUCUCUGCAUCUGAUGGUACAAAUGUUGUCAAGGUAUUCAGAGAAGCAAUCAGAUUAGGAGUGAACUAUAAGGAAAACUCUACGGAUUUUAUGGAUAUGGUUAUGCAAGAGUUAGAAAACUUUGAUGAGCUGAGCACAACUCAAGAAUCUGAAUUUGACAACAAAAGUGAUGAAGAGAAUUCCUGAUAAUUCCAUUCUAGAAUAUCGGAAUAAGCACAGAAAUAAUAUUUACCAAUCUACUAUAAUUGUACAGUAUACAAGUAUUGUACCAUAUACAAUAUCAGCUUGUAAUCUCUAGCUUUUCCGCCACUCUUUUCACAUUGUCAACAAUCAUAGGCUAUUGAUACUAGGGGGGGGGAGUCCAGAAGAACCACCUGGUCGACUAAAUUGAAAAAGAUCUGAGUACCACCGCAAGCAGACAGUUACCAACUAAGGAAAAUGAGAUAAUGAAGAAAAUUUUAAAGGACACUGUCUCUUGGGAAAUGUGAUCAGUAUGAUCACAGCCUGUGCAAUGUACCAACCUUCCAACUCAGAACAAUUAUCUUCUAACUCCUGUAAAACCCUUGAUCUCAGCCUGUAGCCACAUUUAUAUCUAUUUUUAAACUUUUGUUAAAGUGGUAAUCAGACCAGUUUACUUCCUGCCAAUUACGUAACAAGCUCUGAUGAGAGAGAUGCUGGAAGUUUCUUUGAGAAUGUGACUUGCAGGCCUGUAGCCAGAAUAAAAAUUUCACCAAGGCAAAGCCAGCCACUGGAUGAUAAAUCCAACAAAAGCAGGUGUUAAAAUUUUACUGAGUGCCUUUCUUGCCUGUCUAUUGGAAGUUUCUUUGAGAAUGUGACUAAUGAUUUAUAGCAGAUGGCCUGGUAAUUAGAGUGGAUUCUAAUAGUUUCUUUUGUCUCUUGCGGUUGAGGUUUCUGUUCGCCCCCAGGAAGAAAACUGGUGAAGGUAGCACUUUAAAUAUUACAGAUUCUAAAAAAUUCUUUUGUCAUAUAAUGGUUGAAGUAAACUGGUUAGGUGGCAGCUUUUACAAAAGUGUAAAUAGCAAGCUUAUCCGGCAAUGGGUGUUCAUUUGGUCACUAUGCAUUAAAUGCACAUUAUCUUUAAAGUCUUUUUUGGACAGUAAAAGCAAUGAAGCAGGUACUAAAUCUCAACUUUUGGGUAUUUUAUUGGGUUAUUCGGGAAAGUUUUGUCCUCUAACAUUGAGAAUCCUGGGUGCACAAAGGGGCAAGGGCCAUUGCAUUGGAUAGGUGACUCAACCUUCGCACAAUAAAAAAAAAAUAUAAUUACAUUAGAACUAGCCUGAUCUCAGUUAAUCUUGGUGUUUGAAAACAAAGCAAAUAUAACCCCAAAUUAAAGCCAAAUAGUAGGGCUACUAUAAGUUCACUUCAAAAUGUGCUUUGAAGCAAAGUUUACUGGUCUGAAGCAGUUGCCAUACUUUGCCUUAAAUGUGCUAUUGUUGUAUCUACUUGUACUGGCCGAAUAUGGCCCUGUUGUAAUUAGUUAUCAAAUUGUGUUCCAUUCCCCUCAAAUCAUUUCAGUAGCUUAUUAUGUAUAUAAUUAAAAUAUUAAUAUAUGGCCCUGCAUCACUGGAGCUGGCUGAUGCUAAUGUAUAGUGUGACGAUGGCAGUUGAUUCUUGUAGAAUAUUCAGUAGAAAGUAAUAAAAAAAUAUCAGUGACAUGUUA